GUUAAAAGAACAUGUUUGUCAAUUUACGACCGAUGUAAAAUAGUUGAACGCCUCAAAGCUGGUGAAUCAAUGAAUAAUUUGGCACGAGAGUACAAAGUAACAAGACAGGCAAUUUGUAGAAUAAAACAUUCGGAAACAAAGCUCCUUCAAACGAAAGAGGUCCUGACAAGUUGUGGCGGAAAUUUGGAGAAAAAAAAAUACAAAGCUACAGAAGAUGGUCUUUUAGAUCGGAAAAUUUACGAGUGGUUCAAACAAAAACGUAGUAUGGGCUUUGCAGUUUCUGGUCCAAUGUUAAAAGAAAAAGCGUUACUUUUUAAUAAACGUCUUGGUGGUAAGGAGAAUUUUGCAGCUAAUGACGGUUGGCUUUCACGGUUUAAAAUAAGACACGGAAUUGGAGAAAAAACGAUCCCUGGUGAAAAAUUAACUCCGAAUGUCGAAACAAUUGAAGAAAAAAAUAAUCCGCACACUAAAAUCAUAUUGAUAAUGGACUACGCCACUUGUCAUCCACCAGCUGAAGAACUGAAUCAAAUGUGUUCUUCAUGUAGCAUAAUGUACUUGCCUCCAUAUGUUACCACGCUUAUCCAGCCUCUUAAUCAGAGAAUAAUUGAAAAAUUUAAAAGAUCAUUUCGAAGUAUGUUAUUACAACGAAUACUAGCCGAAGAUGGACUACAAGGUGGAGAAGAUCAUUUGAAAUCGCUUGAUUUAAUCAAUUGUUUUAACAUUUGUCUACUAGCGUGGAACUCAAUUUCGGAAAACGACAUAAAAAAUAGCUGGAAAAAUUUUAUUCCGCAAGAAACUCAAGAUAUUUUUAGAGUUCAAUUAAUUGAAGUAUCUGAAUUCCAAACUCUAUUACAUAAAAUCCCACAAUUUAAUGAUUUAUCUAUUGAUGAAAUAACUAACUGGCUGAAUGUAGAUGCUGAUGAUUUCGGCUGGCAAGCUUAUACCAAUGAAGACAUUCUAUUGGAAAGACAGCCUGACAAUCACGCGAUUGAUAUUGUUGAAGAGUUGGAUGACGAGGUUCAUUACAAAGAUCUACCGUCAUUGCCUACUAAUUCUAUUUUAGAUGAUGUCUGUCCGACCUUCAUUGAAGCGUUGGGCGGGUUUAAAUUAUUUUUUCGUUGGUUUGAAAAAAACGGAGAAAAUCCUGAGAAAUAUCAACAGUUGCUUCAGGAACUCCAUCAAGAUCUACUUAAAAAACUAGUCAACGAUAACUAA